GCCACCGCCCUCUCAUCUAAACCACAGAACCAUAAAAUCCGGUUCCAUCACUUUUGGGUUGGCAUUAAAUAUAAGUUCAUCCCUCAAAGAUCAAACAAAAUACAGGAUUUUCUUCACAUUUUAAAAACCGCGACCACAGAGGACAGUUUUCGGCAAAACUGCGACUUUAGGACUUUUCCUCUCAAAGCAUGAUGGGAAGUUGUUAAAAAAAAACAGGCAGAUACCUAUUUUGGGGGUAAAUUAAAAAAAUGAAGCUUUUUGAAGCUUCAUGAACCGCUACCGAGCAGCUACAGGAACCAGGCACGCGGAACCGACCGGGCUCUGACGACCAUCCUCACCUGAGAGGCUCCGUGAAGCAGGACGGCGUUCACCAAACCGACGACUGAGGUUGGAUUGCACCACGGCACAAAAGGAUGUUAUCUCGCUUCAGAGAGCUGAUAUGGGCUGACUGGAUUUGGUUCCCUGAAGGUCACAGCUGGGAGGAACUAAAGGACCAUGAUGGGAAAGUCUUUCCAAAAAUUCAGGACCUCUGGGCCUCCAUACCCGUGGCUUUUUUGUUCUUGGUCGGGAGACGGAUAUUUGAUUGGAAAGUCGCAAAACCUCUGGCUGCUCUGCUGGGCGUGGACCUCAAGCACCGCGUUUCAGCUUCGCAGAAUCCCACCCUGGAGUCUCACUUCUGCCAGUACUCGAAGCAUCCCACCCAGAGCGCCAUAGAGAACUUAAGUAAACAGACGGGCUGUUCAGUACGACAGGUCCAGAGCUGGUUCAGGAGGAGGAGAAACCAGGAACGACCCAGCAAGCUCACCAAGUUCCAGGAGGCCAGCUGGAGGUUUACCUUUUACCUGUUUGCUUUCUAUGCUGGCCUGGCAGUCCUCAUUGAUAAACCAUGGUUCCAAGACAUAAGGAAGGUGUGGGAAGACUUCCCCAAAAUGCCUCUACUGGCCUCUCAGUACUGGUACUACAUGAUCGAACUGGGCUUCUACCUCUCGCUGCUGUUCAGCGUCGCCUCAGACGUCAAACGGAAGGACUUCUGGGAGCAGAUUGUCCACCAUGUGGUCACCAUCGUCCUCAUCAGUUUCUCCUGGCUGGUCAACUACGUCCGGGCUGGGUCUCUGAUCAUGCUGGUGCACGAUGCCGCAGACUAUCUAAUGGAGUUGGCCAAAAUGUUCAACUACGCAGGAUGGAAAAGAACCUGCAACUUCCUUUUUGUCGCGUUCGCAGCCGUUUUCGUCAUCACUCGCCUCAUGAUCCUCCCUGUCUGGAUUGUUUUUAUGACGCUGACGUUCCCGGUGGCCAGACACACCCCUUUCUUUGGUGUCUUCUUCUUCGACGGGCUGCUGUUUGUGCUGCAGAUUUUGCACUUCUUCUGGGCGGGGCUUAUCCUGCGGAUGGCCAUCAAGUUUCUGCCGGGCAGCGACAUCGUGGAGGACGAGCGGAGCGAUAAAGAGGAGACGGAGUCGGAUGAAGACGAAGAUCCCGAGCGCCACGAAAAGCAGAAGAAUGGCCAUGUGAAGAACGGCUACGUUCUGGCCAUCAACCAUCACUCCAAAACCGACUGAUCGUUACGGCGGUGAUUCCUGUUGUUGGGAGAAGCACUCACUCCCCCCCCACCUCCGUUUAUACACCUCCUUCUGGUUACGUGCCUUCUAUUCUUCACAGAAACACCCAUCAGUGCCAGGCGCUACAUCCAGAACCUUCCUGUUCCUGAACAGGAAGAGUUUUAAAGGAGGUUUGGGGAUGGAGACGGAUCCUGGAAUCCCCUGAAUACGUCAUUCCACAUACAUGUGGAUGUAUGUGGUCCUGCUGUCAAAACAUGCAGCUGCAGUGUCACAUCUGCCAUGUUUUGGCCUCUGUUUCUCAUUGGCUGAGCGUCGGCUAAACGCCCCUCCCUCUCCCCCUCUGCUGCUGCCACCCUGAUCUGCAUUAGAAAAAGAAUAUUUAAGUGAAAUUAUCAGUGAAUAAAUAAAGUUUUUUAGCCCCCCCCCCCUUCUGAAUCAAAUUUCACAGAAAUAAUUUUAACUUAUCUUCCAUUGGAUGCUUUAAUUUUAUUCGUUUUUGUCAGAAUUUUUAAAAUUUGGGAGUAAAAAUUUUAAACUUCUGUGGAAGUGUCUGGACUUUUAGUCGCAGCGUUGGAUCCCUCCUGUAUUACUUUAAAGUUUCAAAUCGCCUGGUCUUGGCUGAUUUUUAUUUUUUUUAUGGUUUGGUUAAUUUUGAAAAAAAAUUCCUAUGCUUAAAAGAAUUGUGUUUAAAGAAUUGUUUACAUUUUUGUCACCAUGUAAAUAAUAAUAACUUUGUCCUGUCUGUUGUUUUUCUAAAUUUUACCUUAUUAACUAAAUUUCAUUGUAACAUUAUUUUAUAAAAGAUAAACUUUAAUUUUUAAUAUGAUUUAAAAUGAGUCUGUAAAUGAUUUUAAAGGCUUUUUUACUAUGUUUUGCUUCUUUGUUCAGAAUAUUGUUUUAAAUAAAUCAAUUUAUUGUCAUAUACUACCUUAGUCUCUAUUGUAUCCAGUACAUCUAAUUUGAAUCUCAUUUAGUUUUUAAUGUGAUUUUUUUAUUUUGUAGUGUCCUGGAAAAGUGAUUUUAAAUGUAUUAUUGAUUUGUUUAUUUCUGUAAAAAGAAAUUGACAUUUAGAUGUUUUUUUUCCUCCACAAUUGCUUCUUGCUUUUAAUGAUUUUUUUCCAACACAUACCACAUAAAAUAUGUGAUUAUAA